AUGAAAGCACCAGAAAAAGAUGAAGCCGUUACCUACCAUCCCAAGAGCGCCAAAGGCGCAGAGCUGAAUGGAAAAAAAAUCGGAGCCUUAAAGACAAAUAUGCAAAGUGAAGAUGAAGAAGCAACGAAGGAGUAUCUGUCCAGUAUUGAUAACGAAGUGCUAACCAAGUUGAGCUGCUUUUCAGGUCUCGGGACUUAUCUAGCCAAACUGAAAUUAAAAGUUAACAAAUUUUAUUUCAUCUACACAAUAUUGACCAUAAUUCAUUUUUCUAUUUAUGUAAACAGAGGAAUAAUCCCUGGCUCAUAUGAUUUUUUAUCCUCAUAUCUGAAGGAGAAGUAUGCAACAACGAAUGUAGAUGUUCACAUAGGCUUCUUAACAUCCGUUUUUGUUUUCGGAUUAAGUAUAAGUUCCAUCAUUAGUGGAUCCCUUGCCUCAACGUAUAGUGUCUUCAGGAUAACUGAUAUAUUUCUUUUUCAGAAUUCUUUAGCCCUACUCAUGACUGGUUUUUCUUUUAUAAUUGGUUCAUACUACUCACUUAUGUUCAGUAGAUUCUUUUGUGGGUUCAGUGAAGCUGCCUUCAUUACCAUUAUCCCUCCUGUGAUUUAUUCUUAUUCAAAAGAUCGGGCUGGUUCUUGGAUUAGUAUUUUUAUUACCAUGUUUCCUUUAGGGGGUUGUGUUGGUUACCUUCUUGCUGUUUUACUUCCAGCAUUGAAAAUCAGCAUAGCACAGUAUUUCAUUGGUUCAGGAUCCAUUUUUAUGAUUUUUUUUCUUUGUUUUUACCUGUUUGAUGAAAAUUUAUUAAAAAAGUAUGAGGACGAGAAGAGCAGGAAGGAGCAGCAAUCAGGGGAGAAGCACCAAUCGGGGGAGAAGCACCAAUCGGGGGAGAAGCACCAAUCGGGGGAGAAGCACCAAUCAGGGGAGAAGCAACCGGGGGGGGAUGUCGCUAAAGAUCUGGAGGAGGGGAAGAACCAGAGGAAAUUCGCCAAGGGGGGUGUCACAUCGGGUACCGCUAACCACGGGGCCGCCAACCCGGGGCUCACUCAAAAAAGCGCAAGCGGCACGAAGUCAGCGGCGAACGCAGCGGCGAACUCAGCGGCGAACUCAGCCAACUCAGCCAACUCAGCCAACUCUGCCAACUCGGCCAACUCUGCGACGACCGCGGCCACCAGUGGCCCCGCCGGAGCGGCGGCCAGAAACAGAGCGCCCAACAAGAACGCGAGUAACGGCAACUCGGGGAGAAACGCCCCCGGCGGGCAGCCUCGACCGGCGAAUGGUAUAAGGCAGAGUAGCAACACGCAAAGCGGCACCCCGCAGAGUGGCAACCCGCAGAGCGGUGGCGCACAGAACAGCCCCAACUUGGCGAAGAAGACGGACGGAGGAAGCGGCGCAGAGCGCAAGUCCCUCGACGAAGGAAUGGAGACAAGAAAAAGGGGUACGAACAGCAGCUCAGGGAUGUACGAAGAAUUGAUGCACCAAACAAGUGAAGGAACGAAUGGUAGCAAAACGAGACCUCCUAAUGGUACGAAGAAAAAUUACAGCGAUAUAAACAGCAAUGCAUAUAUAGGAGAUAUUGACCUGGAAGCAAAUGAAGAUGAAGAACAGCAAAAUAUUAGCAAUAAUAGCUACAUUAACAAUAAUUUGGAUAAAAUGUACAUGACAAAAUCGUUUGGAGAUGAUGAAGUAUAUAUGAAUACAACGCAGGAGUCUUAUGGGAAGACAAAGAAGGACGAUAAAUAUUUGGAAGUGGAGUUAGAUAACUGUAUCGAAUCAAUGGAUGAUGAGAAAAAUAAUGAACACCUUAAUUUGGGUCUCCUUGUAAACACAACAUUGACAAAUAUCAGCUUCCUCAUAUUAGUUACUGCACUAACGGCACAUACCGAUAUGAUUCAGUCGUACUUAGUUUAUGGUGCACCCAUCCUCUAUGCUUUAAAGAUAUUCCCAUCGUACAAAGCUGCCACCGUUUUCUGUAGUCUAUGUGCUUGUCUCUCCUCCAUUGUUGGUACCUGCUUGGGUGGAUUCCUCAUGGAUUUCUACAACCUCAAUAUACAGAAUGUGGACAAGAAUUAUGAGCAUAUAAAUAAUAAUGAGAAGAAAAUAAAAAUUUACAGCAAAGACGUGUUGAUGUAUCAGUACCUUCGAAUUAUUGGAAUUCAAACCUUUAUCAUUUUGGCUAUUGCCAGUUCGUUCGUCAUGUUAAUUCCUUUUAUUACCAAUACGUAUCUGUUCACCUUUGUGAUGACCCUCGGGUUGACCUUUCUCUUCUCCGCCAUGGUUCGUGUUGCGCUACCUGGCCACAACAUCGGAAUCAUGGUGUGCGUGCCGCAGAACAUCCGCGCCUUUUCCAUAGGAAUGUCCUCCUUCAUUUCGCACCUGCUUGGCGACAUCCCUUGGACGAUUAUCAUCGGCAAGAUUAAGGGAACCCUAUCUCCGGACUGCGUCGUGACGAGAAAUGGAGAGCUGAGCGAGCGCUGCUUCCAACAAAGCAGGGGCCUGCGAGUGACUCUUUUUAUCAUCUGCUCCAAGUCGCUCAUCAUGGUGGUGGCUAGCUUUCUCCUGAACGUAUACGCCAAGAAGAAGAUUAGGAGAUACAAGAACAAGCAAAGCAAUAAGGCGUGA